AAGGAAAUGAUGUAUGAAAACUGAAAGUGGAAGCAUAGGCUACUUAUCUCCUUAACGCGUAUCGCUUCAUAGGCUGUCAUCAUCUAAGGUGUCAAUAUGGAAUUCCUGCAGUCAAAUAAAGAAGCUCUUUGCAAAUUGUUGUCAGAACACCUUAAAAAGGUAAUGGAUCACGUUGAGGAUAUGGUAACAGGGAAGGAAUAUAGGAUUAUAAGUGAUCAAGGUGGGAGAAAGGGAAUCGAGUCACUGCUGGGAAUUAUGCUCAAGAAAGGAGAAGAUGAUUGCCAAAAGUUUGUCACAUUCCUGAGGGAGAAUUUCCCUGAAGUUCAAAAGUUUGCUGACAGAGAAGCUUCAACAGCCCCCAAGCUUUAUGCAGAUCAAGGCAGCACUAUUGUGGCAUCAGAGACAGCUAAUGUGACCAUGAAUUCUUAUAAAAUGGAGGUCAAUGUGGAUGGGCACCAAGGAGGCAAUCACAGUCCUUCCCAAGUAUGCCCACAACCAGCUGUUCCCAGCAGUGGUUCACGUAUGGUGGCAACAAACAAUAGCCAUAUUUUUGCCCCAAAGUUAACAGGCAGCACAGUGAAACAGGACGUCUGCUUCUCUUUCAACUUCAACGCUGGGGCCAAGAAUGCUGGAACUCGUCAUUCACAAAUCUCAGGUGUGACUACGGGAAAAGGGCCUCAACCCACAAUUUCAGAUAAGCUUGGCUUUUUUAAAAACCAUUACAGCGAUUUGACACAGAAAGUGAAAAAUGUGCAACCAAUUCUAGAUGUACUGAUUCAGAAAGGUUUCCAUAAGGAAAUGGCUGCCAAUGUGCGGGCAGAAAACACCUCCCAGAGACAGAUGAGGGAGAUUUUGGAUGGCACAACCAGCAAAACAGCAGCAGAAGCUCUAUUUGAAGCAUUACUGACCAAUGAAAAAGAUCUUAUGACUGAACUGAUGUCGCCAGACACAUAACUGAGACUAGUGAAGUCUAAUGAAAUAUGUUUUUAACCUUUUUACUAUCUUUACCUCUUUUUAGGCUACUUUCUUACAAUGGACCAAAGCCAUCUAAUUUUCAUUGUAUAUUCUCCACUGUAAGUGACAGUUAGGGAUUAUACUUCUCAGGUUAUGUAAACCUUUUUAUCUUAAUGUAUUCCGUUGUUCAGUGUUAUACUAUAUGUUAAGAAAUUUAGUUUUUUAUCACAUGCAUUCAUUUAUAAUUGAGGGGAUAUUGGAUUAUAUGUUUUUUUUGCUAUUUUUAUAAUAUUACUACUGUACUAUAGAUUCCUUUUAAAAAAUAUAUACUUUGUUUAAUCAGGUAAUAGAAUAUUGUACAAAUAGCACAGCUGAUUUACCAAGAUGAACUGAAGCCAAAUGUGCCAACUGAGCCUUUUAGUAGUCAGAUCAAAGAUGUUGUUAAAAAAAGAUAGAAAAUAGGGCUGCAUAAUUAAUGGAUUUUUAACAUAAGUGCACAAGGCAUGGUCACCAAACAGAAGUGGCCCAACUUAAAGUGAAAUUUUAAAUUAGAUGUUUGACAUCACAAAUCAAAUUUGUGAAGUUUGACUUUCAGAAAUAAUAGCGCAAGUUUGCGAUAUAUUGUAGCGAUACUCAAGUUUAACUUUUAGAAAUCAAAUCGCAAAUCAAAUCACAAUAUCGGUCAGAAAAUCAAAAUUACAUAAUAUUCCCAAAUUAUGCGGCCCAAAUACAAAUGUUCUAUUAUUGUAUACAGUAACACAUUACAGGAAAGAAGUGAAAAAGAAGUGUAAGGGGGAAACACAAAUGAACGACCAAGGGAAUAUGAUAGUGGAUUAGCUCUAUUUUUUAUGUCAGGUCAUAAGUGUCUAAAAUAUAAAAGUAUCACAGAAUUCAGUGGAAAAACAACAUGGGAGUAUUGUUUUCUUGUGCUUUAUUACCUACUCUAAAUAAAAUAAAAAAUGUUGUAAAUCCUGUA